CUCUACAGUUUCUGCAGUAAGGAACUUUCAUGCCACUGGAGUACUUCAGGCCUGAAAUAUCACCUCAACGCAAAGACUUUAUCAGCAAACCUGGAGGUCUGAGAAAGCACAGCUUCUGAUGCUAGCGCUAGCAGCCAGCCUCGUCAAGCCACACUCGACCAGGCGUUCAGACACAAACUGAUCCUGCCCAGCCACACAUGUGGCACUCCAGGCCUCAUCCCAAAUGGAGUCAUUCAUGGCUCGCGGUACAACAUGGGGGACAAGAUCCGAUACAGCUGCGAGUCAGGUUUUGUAUUGGAAGGACACAGUAUCCUCACAUGUAUUGUAUCACCUGGCAGUGGAGCGCAGUGGGACUUCCCAUCACCAUUUUGUAGAGCGGAGGGAGCAUGUGGCGGUACGUUACGAGGCACCGCAGGCUCAAUAACCAGCCCUGGAUACCCUGCAGAGUACGAAAACAACCUGGACUGUACAUGGUCAAUCCUCUCUGAACCCGGGGACACUAUAGCUCUUGUCUUCAAUGACUUCCUUUUAGAAGACAAAUACGACUUCCUGGAAAUCAGCGGGACAGAAGCACCAAGCAUAUGGCUGACUGGUACCACCCUGCCCUCACCAGUGAUAUCAAAUAAGAACUGGCUUCGGAUACAUUUCACCUCAGACAGCAACCAUCGAAGAAAAGGAUUCAGUGCUCAGUACCAAGUGAAGAAAGCAAUAGAGUUGAAGUCCAGAGGGGUGAAGAUGAUGCCCAGCAAAGACUCAAGUCACAAAAAUGCUGUCUUGAGUCAAAGUGGUCUUGCCGGCGAUGUUUGUCCAGAUCCUGGAGUUCCAGAAAAUGGCAAGAGGAUAGGCUCAACCUUUCAAAUUGGAUCCAGCGUCCAGUUCAGUUGUGAUGACAGCUAUGUACUACAAGGAUCUAAAAGUAUCACCUGUCAACGAGUCACUGACACACUGGCUGCCUGGAGUGACCACAGACCCAUCUGCAGAACUCGUACCUGUGGCAGCAAUCUAAGGGGGCCCAAAGGUGUCAUAACUUCUCCUAACUACCCUGUUCAGUAUGAGAACAACGCACACUGUGUGUGGGUCAUCACUGCAAUGGACUCUGGGAAGGUGAUAAAGCUUUCAUUUGAAGAGUUUGACCUGGAAAGAGGAUACGACACACUAACUGUGGGGGAUGGAGGCAAGAUAGGAGACACUCGGAGAGUACUCUAUGUACUUACAGGUUCCAGUGUCCCUGACCUCAUCGUUAGCUUGUCCAAUCAGAUGUGGUUACACCUGCAGUCAGACGAUACAAUCGGCUCAGCGGGAUUCAAGGCAGUCUACGAAGAGAUUGAACGGGGAGGCUGCGGUGAUCCCGGGGUGCCGGCAUUUGGUCGCCGAAGCGGUGAUCGUUUCCAACAUGGUGACGUGUUGACCUUCUUCUGCCAGUCGGCCUUUGAACUUGUGGGAGAGAGGACCAUCACGUGCCAGCACAAUAACCAGUGGUCUGGCAAUAAACCCAGUUGUAUCUUCUCCUGUUUCUUCAACUUCACGGCUCCAUCAGGGACCAUAUUGUCCCCAAACUACCCAGAGGAGUAUGGGAACAACCUGAACUGUGUGUGGUUGAUAAUCUCUGAACCGGGCAGCCGCAUUCAUCUCCUCUUCUCUGACUUUGACCUGGAGCCACAGUUUGACUGGCUGGUGGUCAAGGAUGAAGGCCUGUCUGAGCCAACAACAUUUGGGACAUUCUCGGGAAAAGAUGUUCCAGCGCAGAUCGCCUCAAAUGGACACAUCAUGAGACUGGAAUUUCAAUCGGAUCACUCUAAUACUGGAAAAGGCUUCAAUAUCAGCUACACCACGUUCGGUCAGAAUGAAUGUCAUGACCCAGGAGUCCCUGUCAAUGGUCAAAGGUAUGGUGACCAGUUUCAGCUCGGCAGCUCCGUGGCUUUUCGCUGUGAUCAAGGAUUCAUUAGGACACAGGGGUCUGAUCAGGUCACUUGCAUCAUCCAGGAUGGAAAUGUAGUUUGGUCUGCGGCUGUACCUCGCUGUGAAGCUCCAUGUGGAGGCCAUCUCACAGCUCCUACUGGUGUUCUGCUGUCUCCUGGUUGGCCUUCAUUUUAUAAAGACUCUCUGAACUGCCAGUGGGUGAUUGAAGCACAGCCAGACCACGCUGUAAAGAUACACUUCGACAGGUUCCAGACUGAGGUCAACUAUGACACACUGGAAAUCAGGGACGGCCCCUCAGCCUCCUCUCCCCUGAUCGGUGAAUACCACGGCACCCAAGCACCUCAUUUCCUGAUUUCCACGUCCAACGUCCUGUUCUUGUUGUUCACGACAGACAACAGCCGCUCUGCAGCAGGAUUCAGCAUCAGAUAUGAAAGUGUGAAAAUGGAGUCAGACUCUUGUCUUGAUCCUGGUAUCCCAGUCAAUGGUCGUCGCCAUGGCAGCAGCUUUUCCAUUGGCUCCCGUGUCUCAUUUACAUGUGAUCCAGGAUACACACUGAGUGAUCAGGAGCCAAUUGUUUGCGAGCAGAAUCAUCAGUGGAGUCACGCUCUUCCCAGUUGUGAUGCCCUUUGUGGAGGUUACGUCUAUGGUAAAACAGGGACAAUUCUGUCUCCUGGCUUUCCUGACUUCUACCCCAAUUCUCUGAACUGCACCUGGACUAUAGAGGUGUCUCAUGGGAAAGGAGUCCAUCUGGUUUUCCACACUUUCCAUCUAGAGGAGAACCACGACUACCUUUCCAUCACUGAGGACAGCAAUUUCCUGGUUCCAGUAGCUCGACUCACUGGCUCAGUGCUGCCCCCUAGUGUCAAAGCAGGGCUCUUUGGGAACUUCAGCGCUCAGCUACGAUUCAUAUCGGAUUUUUCCAUGAGUUAUGAAGGCUUUAAUAUAACUUUCUCAGAAUAUGACUUAGAGCCAUGUGAGGAUCCCGGCGUGCCAGCGUAUAGCAGGAGGAUGGGAUUCAGAUUUCGAGUUGGCGACUCGCUGGCCUUCACUUGUUUCCAUGGCUACCGACUUGAGGGAGACAGCAAGAUCACUUGUCUGGGAGGAGGCAGGCGAGUCUGGAGCAACAUACUGCCACGAUGUAUAGCGGAGUGUGGAGCCUCUUCACUUGGACCAGAAGGCGUUCUGCUCUCUCCUAACUUCCCCUCUAACUACGACAACAACCACGAGUGCAUCUACCGCAUCACCACUGAAAAGGGCAAAGGAAUCAGGCUGAAAGCUGAGAGCUUCUCAUUGCAAGAUGGAGACUAUCUCAAGGUUUACGAUGGAGAGAACACUUCAUCCCGUCUCCUUGGCAACUUUACACUUGAUGGCAUGAUGGGUCCUGUCAUCAAUAGUACGUCCAAUCGCUUGUGGCUGGAGUUCAACAGCAACGCCUCUGGAACCAAUCAGGGCUUUCGCCUCACAUACACCAGUUUUGACCUGGUACGCUGUGAGGAACCAGGUGUCCCCAGUUAUGGCUACAAGAUCCAGGACGAUGGUCAUUAUGCCAACACGUUUGUCCUGUACUCCUGCAACCCUGGAUACAGUCUCCACGGCAGCAGUACGCUGACCUGUCUUAGCGGAGACAGACGUGUCUGGGACAAACCACUUCCUUCCUGUAUCGCGGAGUGUGGAGGUCACAUAAGUGGAGCAGUGUCUGGACGGAUUCUGUCUCCAGGAUAUCCUGCUCCAUAUGACAACAACCUCCACUGUACCUGGACAAUAGAGGCAGACACAGGCAAGACUAUCAGCCUCCACUUCAUCGUCUUUGACACUGAGGUCGGCCACGAUAUCCUGAGAGUUUGGGAUGGUCCAUCUGGGCCAUCUGAUGGGGGGAUACUUUUGAAAGAAUGGUCAGGCCCAGCCUUACCUGAAGAUAUCCACUCGACUUUCAACAUACUCACGCUGCAGUUUGACUCUGAUUACUUCAUCAGCAAGCAGGGAUUUUCUAUACAGUUUUCCACCACGACAGCAACGACGUGCAAUGACCCAGGCAUCCCUGUCAAUGGUUCUCGGUAUGGGGACAGUAAGGAGCCUGGUGACAGCAUGACUUUCCAGUGUGAUCCAGGCUACCAGCUACAAGGCCAGGACACCAUCACAUGUGUGCGGAUGGAUAACAGAUUCUACUGGCAGCCUGACCCUCCAACGUGUGUAGCCACAUGUGGAGGAAACGUCAGCGGUCCCUCCGGUGUUAUUCUGUCUCCUAACUACCCCCAGCCUUACCCCCCUGGGAAAGAGUGUGAUUGGAGAAUCAGAGUCAACCCUGAUUUUGUCAUAGCUCUCAUCUUCAAAAGUUUCAACAUGGAGCCAAGUUACGACUUCCUGCACAUCUACGAGGGCGAAGACUCGAAUGGGCCGUUACUAGCAAGUCUCCAAGGCAACCAGGCCCCAGAGCGAAUAGAGAGCAGCGGUAACAGUCUCUUCCUGGCAUUCAGAUCUGAUGCCUCACUGGGCAUGUCUGGGUUUGCCAUCGAAUAUAGAGAAAAACCAAGAGAGGCCUGUUUUGACCCUGGUAACAUCAUGAAUGCCAGUCGGACAGGAUAUGACUAUAAACUGGGAUCUCAGGUCUCCUACAACUGUCACCAUGGCUACACAACAGUGGGCGGGGAUACCAUCACCUGUGUCAUGGGGAAUGAUGGGAAGCCGGUGUGGGACAAGGCGCUGCCGUCAUGUAAAGCUCCAUGUGGAGGACAGUACGGUGGAUCUGAAGGAGUCGUAUUGUCUCCAAACUACCCUCUAAACUACACGACAAGACAGACCUGCUCCUACUACAUUACUGUAUCCUCACAGUUUGUGGUGUUUGGUCAGUUUGCUGUAUUCCAGACAGCAAUGAACGACUCGGUGGAGCUGUUUGACGGAGCAAAUGAGAAUGCUCGAUUGCUCAGCUCCCUGGCUGGGUCACAUUCAGGAGAGACAUUGCCAUUGGCAACUUCCAAUCAGAUCAUGCUGCGGUUCAAUGCUAAGAGCGGCCAGUCAGCUAGAGGCUUUCAUUUCGUCUACCAAGCUGUGCCUCGAACCAGUGACAGUCAGUGCAGUUCAGUGCCGGAGCCUCGGUACGGCAGGCGGAUCGGUUCAGAGUUCUCAGCUGGCUCUGUGGUCCGGUUCGAGUGUAGUCCAGGGUAUCUACUGAAAGGAUCAAGUGCUAUCCGGUGCCAGGCUGUGCCAGGUGCCCUCGCACAGUGGAAUGCAACAACACCAAGCUGUAUAGUUCCCUGCAGUGGCAAUUUGACUGAACGUCGCGGUACAAUACUUUCUCCUGGCUAUCCUGAACCCUACCCAAACAGUCUCAACUGUCUGUGGAGGAUCCAUGUCAGCGAAGGCGCUGGGAUACAGAUCCAAGUGAUGACGUUUGCUACUGAGCACAACUGGGACUCUCUGGAGAUCUACGAUGGAGGAGACAUGACAGCUCCUAAAUUAGGGUCAUUUUCUGGAACUACUGCUCCUGCUCUCCUCAACUCAACGUCCAAUCAGCUCCUUCUGCACUUUCAGAGUGACAUCAGUGUGGUGGCAGCAGGUUUUCACCUUGAAUAUAAAACUGUUGGUCUUACCACCUGUCCGGAGCCGAUGAUCCCAGCAAAUGGCAUUAAAGCAGGAGACAGAUAUAUGGUCAAUGAGGUGGUGGCGUUCACCUGUGAGCCUGGGUACACAUUACAGGGCCACUCUCACAUUUCCUGCAUGCCUGGGACUGUGCGUCGAUGGAACUACCCACCUCCUCUUUGCAUAGCUCGCUGCGGUGGGGUGCUGUCUGAGAUGAGUGGUGUCAUCCUCAGUCCAGGUUUCCCUGGCAACUACCCCGGCAACCUGGACUGCACCUGGCAAAUCACCCUGCCAACUGGAUAUGGAGCCCAUAUUCAGUUCCAGAACUUCUCAUCUGAGGACAACCAUGACUUCCUAGAGGUCAGGGCUGGACCACAGCACAGCUCUGCUCUUAUUGGACAGUUCACCGGCUCGCAGAUCCCACCCGCUUUGCUGAGCACUACCCACCUGACGAUCAUCCACUUCUACAGUGACCACUCAGAGAACAGGCCGGGGUUCAAACUGACCUAUCAGGCCUAUCAACUUCAAAACUGCCAGGACCCCUAUCCUUUCCCUAAUGGUGACAUCAUCAACAGUGACUUCAGCGCUGGCCAGUCAGUAACCUUUCAGUGCUACCCUGGUUAUGUUUUGAUCGGACACCCAGUGCUAACAUGCCUGCAUGGGACCAACCGGAAGUGGAACCACCCAUUUCCACGCUGUGAGGCUCCUUGCGGCUAUAAUGUCACGGCUGAAAACGGGACAAUCUAUUCACCUCAGUAUCCAAAUGAAUACCCCAACUCCCAAGACUGCAGCUGGCUCAUCACUGUUCCCCACGGACACGGAGUUUAUAUCAACUUUACCUUAUUGCAGACAGAGCCUGUCACUGAUUACAUCGCUGUUUGGGACGGCCCAGAUACGUCUAGUCCUCAGCUGGGAGUCUUCAGCGGCAACACAGCAUUAGAGUCGGCCUACAGUACCAGCCCAAAGGUCCUGAUCCGCUUUCACUCUGACUUUUCAACUGGAGGGUUCUUCAUUCUCAACUUCCAUGCCUACCGUCUGAAGAAAUGCCCUCCUCCCCCUGUUGUGGAGAACGCAGAGGUGAUCUAUGAAGAUGAAGACUUCCAGAUUGGAGAUAUUGUGAAGUACCGCUGCUUACCUGGAUACACACUGGUCGGAAAGGCAGAGCUGAUGUGUAAACUCAAUUCACAUUUGCUUUUUGAAUCCCCGUCCCCAACAUGUCAAGCCCAGUGCCCAGCCAAUGAGGAGCGUUCUUCAUCAUCAGGAGUGAUACUAAGCCCUGGGUUUCCUAGCAACUACCCCAACAGCCAGACAUGCUCCUGGCUUCUGCAUAUGGUUCCAGGUUACACCAUCAAUAUCUAUGUUGAGAUGUUCCACAGUGAGAAACAGUUUGAUGAGCUGGAGAUUUUUGAUGGAUCAUCAGGACAGAGCCCUUUGCUUGUGGCUUUAAGUGGAAACCACUCAUCACAGCUGAACUUCACAUCUAAAACAAACCAGCUCUACCUACGAUGGUCCACUGACCAUGCAACCAACAAGAGAGGAUUCAAGAUACGAUAUUCAGCUGCCUACUGUAGCAUUAAUGAUCCUCCAGUGAAUGGUGGCGUUGUCAAUCGGACCAAGCUCCGUCCAGGUAGCAGACUUCAGUUCUAUUGUAACCGUGGUUACCGUCUGGUCGGCUCAAGCAAUGCAACCUGCAGGCUCCACCCCAAUGGACUCUACCAGUGGGAUACACCACCACCUUUUUGUCAAGCUAUCUCAUGUGGAAUACCUCAGUCGCCGGGCAAUGGCAGCUUCCAUGCUAACCAGUACACUGUUGGUAGCCAGGUCACCUACCACUGUAACCAUGGUUUCCACCUUGACCCUGGUGUUCAAAUGACAGCAGUGUGUUUGGAGGACGGCAGCUGGAGUAAUGCUGCCUCAGCCCCCAGAUGCCUACCGAUCCACUGCCCCAGCACUGAGGGCACCCUGUCCGAACACAUGGCUGCCCGCCUGCUAUCUGGCAGGCUCGGAGAGUUUGGUUCUAUGCUGAUGCUGGAAUGCUCAACAGGGUACUACUUGGGCGUGGGGCAUCGGACACUUCGCUGCCUUGCCAACGGGACCUGGGAGGGGUCAGAUGACAUAGCUGCAUGCAAGAUCAUCUCCUGUGGUGAGCUUCCUUCUCCACCCUUUGGGACCAAACUGGGGACGUUGACCACAUUUGGAGCAACUGCAAUCUUUAUGUGUAACCAUGGUUACACGCUGGUGGGGUCACAUGUCAGAGAGUGCGGUGCUGACGGGCUGUGGAGUGGUGCAGAGACCAGAUGUCUGGCUGGCCACUGUGACUCUCCAGAUCCUAUAGUCAAUGGGCACAUUAGUGGAGAUGGCUCUAGUUACCGUGACACCGUGGUGUACCAGUGCAUGUUAGGGUAUCGCCUAAUUGGUACAUCAGUCAGGAUCUGCCAGCAAGACCAUCGGUGGUCUGGAACAACUCCUGUCUGCGUCCCUAUCACUUGUGGUCACCCCGGCAACCCAGGCAACGGGCGGACCAAUGGCAGCGAGUUCAACCUCAAUGAUGUUGUCAACUUCACCUGCAACAGAGGUUACAUUCUCAGCGGGAAUGCUCGCGCUCAGUGCCGGCUCAAUGGACAGUGGAGCAGCCCCCUACCUGUCUGCAAAGUGGUGAACUGUUCUGACCCCGGCCAUGUGGAGAAUGGUGUGCGCCAGUCUGGCCUACGUUACCCAGAAGUCUUUAGCUAUGGUGUGACUGUGGCAAUCCACUGUAAACGAGGCUUCUACCUCCUGGGCUCUGCGCUCCUCACAUGCCAGCAUGAUGGACGGUGGGACCGGCCAAUUCCUCGCUGCCUAGCUAUUUCCUGUGGUGACCCGGGUGUACCUCCCAAUGCAGUAGUAUCUGGAACCCACAGCUGGACGUACGGUUCAGUGCUGCAGUACUCCUGUCUGCCUGGAGGUGUGCUGGUGGGCAACGCUACUCGCCACUGUCAGGAGGAUGGCACAUGGAGUGGAGCGCCACCAUACUGCACUGGUGUAAGUCCAGGAAUCUGCGGAGACCCAGGGAUGCCUCCCCACGGUGUCCGUCUGGGAGGGGAGGAAUUUAAAACUAAGAGCCUGCUGCGUUUCAGCUGCGAGGCGGGAUACAGUCUGAUUGGCUCAGCCGAGAGGACCUGCCUCCACAACGGCACCUGGAGCGGCACUCAGCCUGUCUGUCAAGCUGUAUCCUGCGGUAACCCUGGCACGCCAGCACACGGCAGAAUUGUUUUCAGUGACGGCAUCACCUUCGGCAGCUCGGUGGCUUAUGCAUGCUGGGAUGGCUUCAAAACAUCAGGCCUGACCACCAGACACUGCACAACAAAUGGGACAUGGACAGGACAACCCCCAGACUGCACUGUGAUCAGUUGUGGAGACCCUGGCCCAGUAGCCAAUGGGAUCUAUCUAGGAAGUGAAUUUACCUUCAACCACACAGUGACCUACCGCUGUAACCCUGGUCACCUGAUGGAACCACCUGGACACAGCGUUCUGCGGUGUACCAAAGAUGGAACCUGGAACCAAACCAAACCCAGCUGCAAAGUGAUCCAGUGCGGACCUCCUCCUCAAGUGCACCAUGGGAAAGUGGAAGGAACCGACCAUUCAUGGGGCUCAAGUGUCAGCUACAGUUGUUUCCAUGGUUACCAGUUGUCCACUCCUGCUGUGUUGACCUGCGAGGGGAACGGGACGUGGACAGGAGACGUACCACAGUGUCUGCCUGUCCUGUGUGGCGAUUCUGGCUCCCCUGGAGGGGGAUUUAGAGAGGGGAACAUCUUUUCUUACAGGGCUGAGGUCAGGUUCUACUGCCACACUCCCUACAUGCUGGUAGGCUCCGCCUCCAGAGUCUGUCAAGCUGAUGGGACUUGGAGUGGCCAACAACCAGCCUGCAUAGACCCAGCCUUCAACAACUGUCGUGACCCAGGAACUCCAGCCUAUGGUAUCCCGGUCAUGGGCCAGGGCUUUCAGGUUGGCAGUAAGAUUUCCUUCAAGUGCCGCAAGAACUAUCACAUCCUUGGCUCCACCACAAGAACGUGCCUAGAAAAUCUAACCUGGAGUGGAACUCAACCUGAGUGCAUAGCCCAUUCAUGCAGACAGCCAGAGACCCCCAGUAAUGUAGAUGUUCGAUCUAUGGACCUGCCUACCUUGGGAUAUACGCUGAUCUACACCUGUCAAGACGGUUUCUAUCUGGCAGGGGGAUCGGAGCACAGAACCUGCAAAAGUGAUGGGAGAUGGUCGGGUAAACCCCCGCUCUGUAAAGUUGGAGUGAAGGUCAAUCCCAAAGGCAGAGGAGAGUCAGAUGUCCAGAAGAACAAGAUUCGAGUUCCAGUGGAUGUGUUCUCUCCAAACUCUGAGUGGAGCGGCUUUUACGAGUACCUAGGGAAAAGACAAGCCACCACAUUCACAGUUACUGGCUUCAACACUUCCAGUGGCAGAGUUAACGUCACAUUACUGGAAACCAGCGGAGUGUCAAUUAGACUGUCAGGUACCUACAAGUCAGAGGAAAACCAGCUGCUAUUGAAGGUCUACCAGGUGAAGGGGCCGACAGAGCAUUACUACAGCAAGUUCAAAAACGACAACUGGGCCAUGGAUGGAUAUGUUACUGCAGAAUCAGACCAGAAGACGUUUGUCUACCAGGGGCACAUUCACAGUAAAGACUUCGGCAAGUUCCAUCUGACAAGGCAAGGCCCUGUAACCAUGGCAAUGGACCCAUCCAACCCCUACACUAACAGCAGCUCUGUGGCAGCAGCCAUCUUAGUUCCCUUCUUUGCCCUCAUCCUGUCUGGAUUUGCCUUCUACCUCUACAAGCACAGGACGCGUCCCAAGGUCCAGUUCAAUGGCUAUGUCGGCCAUGAGAGCUCCAAUGGUCAGGCCUCAUUUGAAAACCCAAUGUAUGACACCAACAUGAAGCCCACUGAGGCUAAGGCAGUUCGAUUCGAUACCACACUCAAUACAGUCUGCACUGUGGUAUAGUCCAACAAACCAGCCACUACCCAUACAGUGGUUCAGUCCAAACUCCCUGUUGCAGUCUGCGAUGUGGUUUAACCAAACAGAGAAGAAAGAACAAACUUAUGAUUUGGACUCGUCACCGUGAGCAGUCUGUAGUGUAGCAUGCUGGUCCUCUGUCAGCAUAAUACUCACAGUAAUGCAGCUCUGCUCUACCUCCCACCUGAACAACGGUAUCAUCCACCUCUCCCUAAAUAAGUUGGAAUCAGUACACGAGGGAGUAGACAAUGACGUCAUCACUUGUGUUGUUCAGGAGAUCAGUGCUGGGACCAGAAUUCUUCUAAAGCAAUGUUGAUAUUCAGACAACAAGGAAAAACACAGAAAGAUCGUACAACUAAUUGAACUUCCUCCAAGAGCGACAACCUCAUUGAACAGUGCUUGUCCAGUGUCAGUUCUGCAAAAUUUGACCCAACCUCCUUAAGGAAAGGGCUUUGUAUGGCCACAGUCAUAUGGUCCACGAAUAGUGGCUAACCCAACCUAGCCCCAUACCCCAUGCCAAAUUUGCACAGUGGUAUAGGCCAACGCUUAACUUACUAACUCCCCUGCUGCAGGCCAGACAUGGGUGUGACCGAUGCAAGGUUCCACCCUAAGGGGAAGCACAUAGACUACAGCCCCCCCCUUCAACCCCCUCCAGACAUCGAAUAGUAAUUGGAUGGUUCCUAUAUGUCAACACAAAAACCAUCUUUGGUGCUGGACCAAAAACCUCCCUCUGGACUUCCAUCACGCUGGACUUGACAAGACUGGACUCUCUGACGUAAUUACAGCUUACAGAGUCUGUGUUGGUGGAAUCUGACAUUGAUCGUACAGACUGCUGUAAAGUUGACAACCAAAUGCAGUCGAUGCAGUGACAAGCUGAACCAGACAAAUUCCUUUAAAGAAACUCUCAUCCAGUACUGGAUACUAGUAUUAGAUUAGUACUAGGAGUGGUGGACUAGUGCUAGACAAACCAGGGUCAAAUAACAGUUGCAGAUACAGUUAAAAUGUUUGUUUUAGCCUACUUUGAGAUCUGAAUGGGUCAGGUUUAAUAGCAGGACAAUCACAGAGUUGGGUAAGUUGAGUUGUCAGUCAAUAAUGGAUAUUUAAACAGAUGCCUGUGAUUGUCUUUACUUUCUGCCAUUUACUGUAUUGCCCAUUAUGACAGCGUCUACCUGCAGUAUUUGGCAACUCUUUUAGGCUAAAACACACCAAAUCAAGCAUUUGCAAAUGCUAUUUUCCCAGGUUUAAUAUGAGAACCUGUGAACUAGUUCUAGAUGAGUUUUGGACGUUUUCAAAUAUUCUAUAGAGGUACUACACACUUAAAAUCAGUCCUAUGUACAAUAUUCCACACUAGCACUAGGCAGACUGUGUCGAGCCAGAAAACCAGACAUUUAAGUUGCCGGGUUGGUGUACACAGUGGACUGGUUUCCAGAGGCCUGUCUAACACAAUCAAAGAGUCAGACAACUGAUUCUUGUUCUUGGACUAGCCAGGAUUCUGUGCUUGGUGGCUGAACAAGUGGAAGCCUGGAGGCAAUAAGCUGUCAAGAUCGUCAACUGCUGCAAUCAGCUGUGGCCAAAUCCAGGAAAUGAUUUGUCUUCUCGUAACUCCGGUCGGGAUUAUCAGUCAAGUGAUGACUGAUUUCUUUCUUUUUUUUUUCUUUUUUUUUUCCUACAGCAUACUCUCCAGCCACAAAAUCAGAAAUAGAUGAACAGAUUAACAGACGGACUGGUUGACUGACAGAAAUUAGACGGACGGACGCAGACAAAUGGAAAGAUAGACACCUCUGUCAGUCGUGCUGGGGAAGAGAGAGACAAGGACAGGUUGCUAUGGAAACAGAGGCAAAUAGUUGUCUCUAUUUGUCUCUUCUGGCAUUUUUCUUCAGUGAAGAUAUUGAUGAACAGACUCCAUGUUCAAAUACCCAGUGGCCCCAUGGGACUUCCCAAACCACUGCUGCUGGGGACCCCAAAAUAUAAACUUUAUAUAAACUCUUAAACCGCACAAAUUUUGCACUAGUGUGUUUUUCUGACUGGGUUAUGAAAAAAUGAAUAAUUUUUGGGUCUGAAAUGGGUUUGAAAAAUGAGUCAUUCAAAAAAUAAAAGAGAAUUUUAUUCAAAAACUUCUAUC